AUGUCGUGGGCGCCUUUUGGCACUGACACACAGCCCAGCCUGGACACGCGCCUAGUGGGAGGUCGACUGGUUCAGGUGACCAAGGGCGCCGCCAACGCUGGCCAAGCACAGAAUGGCACGGGGGCUGCUGAUCGGCCCAUUGAACCUCCGGCUGGCGUUGUUGACGUUGCCAAGCGCCAGUCUGGCAAAUAUGCACAGUACGUUAUUCAUGGCUGCAUGCGUGAGCUAGACCUCCACGGCUUGUCGUCAGCUGGGAGCACCACCUGUUCCUCUGAUGUGGUCACUGGCUUUGGGAGCAGAUUUAUGCUGUUGCUCGAACAUGCCGAGCGUGAUGGUUUGCAUUACAUUCUCCUACAAACCGUGCUUGAGACAUUGCGACGCUCGCGCCUGCCGAUCCACGUGGGCGAGUUUACGGCUUACCUGCAAGGCUUGGCAGGCGGUGAGCGCCGCAUGCGCUUUGAAGCCCUCAAACACCAUCUCGCAGCCCUUCCUACCCACGUCUGUGACGACAAUGGUGCCAGCGUGGGGCCGCCGACCGCGAUGAAUCGGGUUCCGCCCACUCCGCCCUCCUUUGGCAUAUCGCACCGAGCCCCAGUGUCACCCAUCACGUCACGCGGUCCCUCUGCCCACUUGCGAUCCGUGCGGUCGGGCAGUGGUCGUUUACAACCGUUGCUGUGGCAGGAUGUCGAAAACACCAGCCCGGCCCUGCAGGACCGCGAAUGCUUCUCAACCCAUGACAAGUUGCCUCCCAUUGGUGGCCACGGCUAUUCUCAGCCUCCCCAGAGCCACAAUCACACACAACGCACCGUCUCAUCAUGCCUGCCCACCGGACCAAGCGCGGACAUGAGCAGGGAACCCAUGCACGCGUAUCAACCGCUAGAAUUGCGACAAGAGGCAGACAUGCACCGCAUCAAGCCAUGGUUGUGGCGAUUUGGAAAAUUACACCGAGCUCUCCUCGACGCAGCAGAUAGCGGCGGUCGCCUGAGUUCCAAUGAGGUUGUCCGUAUUGUACACAACUACAAUACCAUCUUUCAACUCGCUUUGCCCGCUCAUUUGAUCCUCGAUCUGGUCGAGAGUGGAGAGGACGACGAUGGCAUACUUACCGUUGAAGAGCUGUGCCGAGACUUGAUUGAGGCGCUGGAACUCUUACACUAUUGCAUGGACGGGGAGCACCUCGAGCGUCGUCGAGUUUGAGCCAGACAGCCGCCUCUUUGUUGCUGCUUCGUGCCUGGUCAUUCCUGAUCUAGGUGCCUUUCACACGCUUAACAGAAAUAAGAGUCGUGGGCGGGGACUUUGACAAGGGGCGACUUGCCCACCUUGUUGGAGCCGGUUCCACCACUAAAAAUGUUUCUGACCUCUGCCUGAUGACAUGAACAUAUAGGUAUUAUUAUAAGAUUAUUCGCGCGCACUGUAAAAAAAAAAAAGGUUUCCACCAAAAUACUUCUUAAUCAGACUGAGUGACUGCCAAAUAGACUAUGGGUUGUGUCGAGCUUCUUGAUUGAAUUCUUCUUCGAGCCGUUUUCGGCUUUGAAUUUAGACUUGCGAUUGC